AUGUCCGAUCAAAGCAGCUCCAUUGUGAACUCCACUGCCCCUCCCCCAACCUCCACCGCACCUCCCACACCUGGUUCGGGUGCCCAUCACUUUCUCUCCAUCAAAUUGAACUCCACCAAUUACAUCUACUGGAAAACGCAGGUUGUUCCUUACCUGAUCGGACUACGCAUUUAUGACUAUGUUAUUGGUGAUAAACCAUGCCCUGAUGAUCCUGAGAAAGCAGCGGAAUGGCUCCUUAUCACCUCUCUCAACAAGGAUGCUCUACCCUUGGCUGUUGGUCGUCUUACCAGCAAAGAAAUCUGGGACACCCUCACUGCAGCCUUCAGCAAUCCUAACACCCCGCGCCUGCUCGCCCUCAAUUUUACACUUCAAAACUUGGUGCAUAAACAUGAUGAAACAAUUUCUCAAUUUCUCCAUCGAGCAAAGGAACUUUCCGAUGAACUAGCUGCCGCCGGAAAGCCGCUCCCCACAGAGGACUUCAACAUUCACAUCUUCCGGUCUCUACGUGAAGAGUAUCAAUCCGUUGUUCCUACAAUGAUGUAUCAUUAG